AUGGCCGGCACAGCUAGUAUGUUGUCUAUCGGGGCUUAUGGAGAAUAUUCCGACGAAGAAGAAACGGAGCAUCAUUCUUCUGGUGGUGAAGAGGACAUUCCUAAAGCUAACGAAGAUGGAGAAAAAAGCACUCGAGUUGAAAUGACAACACAUUUGCCCAGAGUAUCAGCCGCUCCUCCUAUCGACAGAGAGCUUAACACAAGAACAGAAGACGACAAAGAUCUGAAAUUUAUGAAAGCCAAAACUCGACUGGUAUCGUAUGGAGAUGUUGAAGAUAAGAGUGAAUCUGAGAAAGAAGACAGUGAUGCAGAUCCUGACCCUGAAAAAUUUUUAGUUAUAAGUCAAGAUAAAGAUUCAAUUCUGAAACCUGAACAAGCAUCUUCUUUAUCGCGGAGUGUACAGAACAUGUCAGCUGAAGAGAUCCAGUUACCACCGGAACCAGUUGGACGAUGUUCUCGAGCAUUGCAGGAAAAAAUUGCUAAUUACUAUAUUAGUUCGAAAAAGGAAGGUCAUAAUUUAAGCCAUGUUAUACAACAACGAAAGGAUUUUAGGAACCCAAGCAUUUAUGAGAAAUUAAUUGAAUUUUGCCAGAUUAAUGAAAAAGGAACCAAUUAUCCACCAGAAAUUUUUGAUCCAUUAGUAUGGGGUUCAGAAUCCUUAUAUGAUUCUUUAGAUAAAAUGCAGAAAUUAGAUAUGGAAAAGCGAGAAAAAGAAAGGAAAGAACGUACAAAGAUUGAAUUUGUCACUGGUACCAAAAAGACGCCUUCUGCUUCUGAUGGACCUGUUGAGAAAAAACGCAAGACCAAGUGGGAUGCGCAGCCCCAAGGUCCUGCAGCUGUUGCAGCUGCUGCCGCACUUAAAUGA